AGCUGCCUUGGGCUGUCCCCCUUGAGGAAUAGUAUUGUUAUUGUUAACAGUUCAUAAAUAGCUUGCCUAAUUAAGAUGUAAUCGCUAUUAAUAAGGAUCGACAAGGAGGAAGGUUGCCUUCUGCACAAAAUGCGCACGCAGCUCAUGCAUUCUUCCCCACAGCUGGCUAGCCCUCAAUUUAAAUGUAUUAGCAAUGAUACGCGUGCUCUAUGAAUAGUUUUACGUUGGAUUUUUUUUUUUUUCCCUGAAAAAAGAUUCGAAUUAAGCUUGUUGAGAAACCCAGUUUUUCCUCCUCUCUGGUAAUUAACCUGUAGGGUUCUGUUGCUCAUGUUAUAUUUAUAUAUAUGUAAAAAAAUAGUGUUUAUCUAGGGUUCGUGUGAGAAUAUGGCCGCCAACACAAGUAAUGUAACAGCUGCAUUGCCAAAGCCUAUGAAGGCAACGUCAAAUGGAGCGUUUCAGCAUGAGAAUCCAUUAGAUUAUGCGCUCCCUUUGUUGAUCCUUCAGAUAUGUUUGGUCGUCGCUUUUACAAGGACCCUUGCAUUCCUUCUCAAACCCCUCAGGCAACCCAGAGUCAUUGCUGAGAUCAUUGGAGGAAUACUGCUUGGACCAUCUGCAUUGGGAAGAAGCGAGAGAUUUCUUCACACGGUGUUCCCACCCAAGAGCAUGACUGUCCUGGACACGGUCGCCAACAUCGGUCUCCUUUUCUUCUUGUUUUUGGUGGGUUUAGAGCUUGACAUUCGAUCCAUUCGUCGCACUGGAAAGAAGUCCUUGGCAAUAGCCGGCGCUGGCAUCACCCUUCCUUUCCUUUUAGGAAUCGGCACCUCAUUUGUUCUUCGUUCCACCAUAUCCAAAGGAAGCGCUCACGCCCCUUUCCUUGUCUUCAUGGGCGUCUCUCUCUCCAUCACCGCUUUCCCAGUCCUGGCCCGUAUUUUGGCGGAACUCAAGCUUCUAACCACCGAUGUGGGCCGCAUAGCAAUGUCUGCAGCAGCAGUCAAUGAUGUUGUUGCCUGGAUUCUCCUUGCACUUGCUAUUGCUCUCUCAGGCAGCAACACUUCUCCGCUUAUCUCCUUAUGGGUCCUCCUUUGUGGCGUGGGGUUUGUUGUGUUCUCCGUUUAUGUCAUAAGACCAUUACUGGAGCUUAUGGCCCGGCGCAGCCCUGACGGCGAGCCGGUGAAAGAGAUCUACAUUUGCAUCACGUUGUCACUUGUGUUGGCUUCCUCUUUCGUCACCGACUCCAUCGGCAUACAUGCCCUUUUUGGAGCUUUUGUGGUGGGAAUUUUAGUACCCAAGGACAGUCCUUUUCCCGGGGUUCUUAUAGAGAAGAUAGAGGAUCUUGUGGCGGGGCUCUUUCUGCCACUCUAUUUCGCAUCCAGCGGGCUCAAGACCAACGUUGCAACCAUAAGUGGAGCGCAAUCUUGGGGCUUGCUUGUGCUCGUAAUAGCCACUGCUUGUUUCGGUAAGAUAAUUGGGACAAUGCUUGUGUCAAGGAUGAUUUUUAAGGUGCCCUUUAGAGAAGCUGCGGCUCUUGGAUUCCUAAUGAACACCAAAGGCCUGGUGGAGCUCAUUGUCCUCAAUAUUGGCAAGGAUCGCAAGGUGCUCAAUGAUCAGACUUUUGCCGUUUUAGUUUUAAUGGCGCUGUUCACCACCUUCAUCACUACGCCAAUCGUGAUGGCCGUGUAUAAGCCUGCUAGAAAGGGAGCGCCUUACAAGAACCGUACUGUCAAACGCAAGGAUCUUGACACAGAGCUUCGACUGCUGGCCUGCUUCCAUAGCAGCCGCAAUAUUCCUACUAUGAUCAACCUUGUGGAGUGUUCCCGAGGAACACGGAAGCGAGGACGCCUCUGCGUGUAUGCCAUGCACCUCAUGGAACUUUCAGAGCGAUCAUCUGCAAUUUCAAUGGUUCAUAAAGCCCGCAAAAAUGGACUCCCUUUUUGGAACAAGAAACGUGAUGAUAGAGAUCAAAUGGUGAUUGCUUUUGAAGCUUAUCAGCAACUCAGCAGUGUCACCAUCCGUCCCAUGACUGCCAUCUCUGCUCUCAGCACUAUCUACGAGGACAUCUGCACCAGCGCACACCAAAAGCGUGCUGCCAUGAUUCUCCUCCCAUUCCACAAGCACCAGAGAGUGGACGGAAGCUUGGAGUCUUUGGGGCAUUCGCUGCAGGAGGUAAACCAGCGCGUCCUCCGUCAUUCUCCAUGUUCUGUUGGUAUUCUCAUUGACCGUGGCUUCGGAGGCACCACCCAAGUCUCGGCCAGUGAUGUGUCCUACAAGAUUGUAGUCCCCUUCUUUGGAGGUAGUGACGACAUGGAAGCUCUAGCCUACGGGAUGAGAAUGGCAGAGCACCCUGGAAUCAUGCUUACGGUCCUUAAGUUGGUGCCCGCAUCAGGGAAGACGCUAUUCACGUUAGAAGGCCACGAUACCAAUGUGAUCAGGGUUGAGAAUGAUAAAAAUUAUAACAGCCAGGCUGAUAGCGAGAUCUUCUUCUCUGAAUUCGUCCAGCAUGCUGCCAAACAGCUGCAAGAUUCAGUGACACAUGAGGAAAGAGUGGUAGAGAGUAAGGCAGACGUUGUUGCAGCAUUGAAAUCAAUGAGCAAGAGCAAUCUCUUCAUGGUAGGAAGAAUGCCACCCAUAGCUCCUCUGUUGAUCUCAACCGACACUCCAGAACUGGGUCCUGUUGGAAGCUUUUUGGCAACCUCCAACUUCUCCAAUACAGCAUCAGUUUUGGUGAUUCAACACUAUAAUCCAAAUGUAAAUCUUCAUCCGCUCGUGCAGGAAAAAGAAAACGACGACACGGAUGAUGGCACAGAUACACCCGUUUUGGUUGACAAAUAUUGAUACAUUAAUUGCAUGUAGGUGUGUGUGU